CUAUGCUUUGCCACACGCAAUUUUACGUUUGGAUUUGGCGGGCCGAGAUUUGACAGAUUAUCUGAUGAAAAUCCUCACUGAGCGAGGUUACUCGUUCACAACCACGGCCGAACGUGAGAUCGUCCGUGACAUCAAAGAAAAACUGUGCUACGUUGCGCUGGACUUCGAGCAAGAGAUGGCUACCGCCGCAUCUUCGUCUUCGCUCGAAAAGUCCUACGAAUUGCCUGAUGGCCAGGUGAUCACCGUUGGAAAUGAGCGAUUCCGAUGCCCAGAAUCCUUAUUCCAGCCGUCUUUCCUGGGAAUGGAAUCUGCUGGCAUCCAUGAAUCUUCAUACAACAGUAUCAUGAAAUGCGAUAUUGAUAUCCGAAAGGAUUUGUACGCUAAUAUUGUG